AUGGAGAAAACAUAUUUUGACGUAACAAACAACACAAAGGUGGCAGCGUUCACGGAAUUAGGGUUGAAAGAAGCGAAGGAUCUUGUUGAGAAAGCUCCUGUUGUUGUGAACACUGGUCUUACCAAGGAGGAAGCUGAGAAGAGUAUGGAGAAACUUAAAGCUGUUGGUGCUACUGUUUCUUUGGAAUGA